CUACCUCACUAUCGGUUAAACUUGUUAAACUUGAUUAAAGUUUGAAAACACUUGUAAUGCAAAGUGUAUUAUAUUGGUGAGAAAUGUCUUAUUAAAUAUCAACAUUUGAUGGCUAAACGUAAGGAUGUAUAACCUAUUCUAUCAGUAGACGGGAUAAAUGGCUUGUUGUGACGUAAUCUUGUAUUACAUACAGUGGUGUGUUUGGUCAGCAUAUCAAUGUAUUCUGCGAUGCAUUUGUUCCCUCUGCUGUUGCGAAAGAAUGUAUAGUUCUCGGUACUGUUGCUGCGAAAGAGUAUACAGUUUUCCGUGCUGUUGCUGCGAUAGAAAAUAUAGUACUCCCUGUUGUUACAGCAAUAGGAAGUAUAGUUUUCCAAGCUGUUGCUGCGAAGGAAAGUAUAGGCUAUAUCUAUACGAUUAUGAAACAGUCAAUUUCGCAAAUCUUUUCGAGAAAUGGGCAGACAAGUGCUUUGAAUUCGAUCUUUGGACACCGCAAUCGUCAUAUAAUACACAACAGCUUAUCAUGGUUGUAUGUGAGGAAAAAGCAAGAAUGUUUGCUGACAUGAGUGGCGCUCUGGAAAACUUCACGGAUGAACAACUCAAGCAAACAGUUUUCGUCUAUAUAACUGGAGAUGUCGGAACCAAGAUAUCUGUACCUGAAGGCGAUAGAUUUUCAACAGUGCCAAUUGUGUAUAUUUCUAAGGAAAAAAGUUGGCGUUCGGCAACUAUUUUCAGAAAAGCUUGUGCAUAUUUGGUAAAGUUAGCAAAUCUCAAGACACCAAGUGAACAAACGCCAUUGACUUAACAAUACUAUGUGUGUAUUUUACCCGUUCCAGAUAUAUUUUUAUCUAUUUUUAUAAACGUAAUACAAAAAAAGACUUGUUUAUUUAUCCAGGCACUCGACUUAUUCAAAUAUGGGAAAAGGUUGCUCGUACAACAACAAAAGUAAAAAGAAUUAGUAACAUGUGUAUUCAAUUUUGUAUAUUUCACCACAGUCAUGUAAUUCCUCAGCCGCCGCAUUUCUUAUACAUGUUUCAUCAACUUA